AUGGAUGGAUGGUUUAACAUCUACUGCUAUCAGAGACACACACUGGGUGCUGCUCCAGCUGAAGAAAUUCAGAGUUUCGCAUUGAGGCUCCUCACUUGUAAGUUCAAGUCCAGUGAAGACCAACUAGCCGCGGCUCGGGCGAGCGCUAAUGUUGCUGUAUGCUGUCCUACUGACACCGACAAGGCCCACGAUGAGAUCUUCAAGCGAAUCAUAGAAAUGAAUGAGGAACCCGAGGAUGAGUCCAUAGGGUUGGUGGACGCUGCACAUGCCUGUCUACUGCUGGGAGAUGGUUUGGAAGGGCUGGCAGCCCGCUACUUGAGGGACUCACUCAGGAGCACCGACAAGGCCGUGAGGGCUCGGGCCUUCAGUGCUGCUACUCGGACAAAUCGCAGAGUCUCCUGUCUGGUGCCUGCCUUGGUCGAAUACGCUAGCUUGCGAGAAGCCGCUGCUCCGGUGCUCUUCGAAACCAUCGCUAAGCAUUUGUCUGUUGAUACCUUGUCGGGAAUUGACGCCUUGCUAGUCGCACAAGCUGAACAGGCGGCGGCUCUCCGUCAUGCUACAAUACCGGAGAUUUGUGCUCAGCGGGGAGCGGUAUUGCCUGUGAGUGUCCGUGUAAUUGACAUCGAGGGGGCGCCUGCUGCUCUCAAACGGCUGGCGGCUCGCUUGGUGUCUGAAUGCCUCCAAGAUGGACGGUAUCAGCCAUUGCGCAUGCAUGCCAUCGACGAGCUCGCCAAGUGUCCUAACCCUCCUGAUAUCCUGCUGGACCAGGCCUUGAAGCCCUGCGAGGAGCUGCGAAACCCUAAGGAUCGAACGCUAGGGUCGAAGUCUCGUGUCAGGCACCCGGGGACUUGA